CUACUACAACACCGCGCAGCACGAAGAGUCCGGAGAGGAGAACGAGAGCUUUUGUUCUGUAUGAUGAAGUAACGACAAGCAUAUUCAUUGCGAUCGAUAAUAUCCUGGGGUCCUUGAGGCCAUACCGCCCGUCAUGUCUUCUCUCAAGCAGUUCAUUCGCAACGUGCGCGCAGCGAAGACGAUAGCCGACGAGCGAGCCGUGGUGCAGAAGGAGAGCGCAGCGAUAAGAGCGAGCUUCAGAGAAGAGAGCCAUAAUUCAGAUUUACGGCGGAACAAUGUCGCCAAGCUUCUAUAUCUCUUCACUCUCGGCGAGCGCACGCAUUUCGGCCAGAUCGAAUGUCUCAAGCUCCUCGCAUCACCGCGAUUUGCCGACAAGCGUUUAGGCUACCUGGGAACUAUGCUGCUGCUGGACGAAAACCAGGAGGUCUUGACGCUUGUCACAAAUUCCUUGAAGAAUGACCUCAAUCACAGCAACCAAUAUAUCGUUGGACUGGCACUGUGUACGCUGGGGAACAUUGCUUCUAUCGAGAUGUCGCGUGAUCUCUUUCCAGAAGUUGAGACGAUUCUGUCCUCCUCCAACCCAUAUAUUCGUAGAAAAGCCGCGUUGUGCGCAAUGAGGAUAUGUCGGAAAGUCCCAGACUUGGCGGAACACUUUUUCGACAAGGCCAAGGUUCUGCUGAACGACAGAAACCACGGUGUUCUGCUCAGUGGCCUGACGUUGGUUGUCAGCCUUUGCGAGGCCGAUGAAGAGGAAGGCGGAGAACAAGGCGUCGUAGAGAUGUUCAGGCCACUGACGGGCAGCUUAGUCAAAGUUCUCAAGGCUCUUUCGCAAUCUGGCUACGCUCCCGAGCAUGAUGUGACCGGAAUCACCGAUCCUUUCUUGCAGGUCAAGAUUCUUCGUCUCUUGAGAGUGCUGGGCCGAGGAGAGCCUCAAACCAGCGAGCAGAUCAACGACAUCCUGGCUCAGGUCGCGACCAACACUGAGUCCUCAAAAAAUGUUGGCAACUCAAUCCUGUACGAAGCUGUACUGACAAUUCUGGACAUUGAAGCCGAUUCUGGAUUGAGGGUGCUCGGCGUGAACAUCCUUGGCAAAUUCUUGACGAACAAGGACAACAACAUUCGAUACGUGGCCCUCAACACGCUAAUUAAGGUGGUGGCCAUCGAGCCUAACGCUGUUCAAAGACAUCGUAACACGAUUUUGGAUUGCUUGAGAGACCCCGAUAUUAGCAUACGACGGAGAGCUCUCGACCUCAGCUUCACUCUUGUGAAUGACUCCAACAUUCGCGUGCUCAUCAGAGAGCUGCUCGCAUUUUUGGAGGUUGCAGAUAACGAGUUCAAGCCAAUCAUGACGUCGCAGAUUGGAAUCGCGGCAGACAGAUACGCGCCCAACAAGCGAUGGCAUGUGGAUACCAUGCUGAGAGUACUCAAGCUGGCCGGAAACUAUGUCAAAGAACCCAUAUUGGCUUCUUUUGUUCGCUUGAUCGCGACAACGCCGGAAUUGCAAACUUACAGUGCUCAAAAACUGUACGCUGCACUCCAAGAAGACAUUAGCCAAGAAGGCUUGAAUCUCGCGGGUGCUUGGGUUAUCGGCGAAUAUGGCGAUGCCCUACUUCGUGGAGGGUCAUACGAGGAGGAAGAGCUGGUGAGAGAGGUCAAGGAGAACGAGAUCGUCGACCUCUUCUCGUCGAUUCUCAACUCGACUUAUUCCGGUCAAAUCGUCACCGAAUAUAUCAUCACCGCCGCAAUCAAGCUCACGACUAGAUUACAGGACCCAGCACAGUCAGAUCGACUUCGGAGGCUUUUGCUAAGCCGUCAAGCAGAUCUUGACGUUGAAGUUCAGCAGCGUGCUGUUGAGUACGGCAAUCUCUUCGGCUACGACGAAGUACGCCGUGGCGUAUUAGAACGAAUGCCUGCCCCUGAAAUCCGAGAAGAGCAGCGCGUAUUGGGAGAAGCGACUAAAAAGCGCCAUAGCAAAGUGCCCGCCAAGAAGAAGCCAAGUCAAAUCACCGAGCAGGAUAUGCUCCUUGAUCUCAUGGGAGGUGAUUCUACCAUGGCCACCACCGGUACCAGCGCUACAAUCAACGGCACACAACACAACAGUGCGGACCUUCUCGCCGAUAUAUUAGGCGGCGGCGAUCAGGUCUCAUCGCCCACACAACAGACUGCGCCAGGCGCGAAUGGCCACGCAAAGCCUCAAAGCAACAUGGACUCGAUUAUGGACCUAUUUGGUGGGCCAUCCUCUCAAGCUCAGCCUACAUCCACCCGACCACAAAUUGCGACUGCAGCAUCGAGUGACAUCCUCAGCGGCUUUGGCGCUACAUCACCGCCGGGUCAGCAAGCUGCUGCACACACUGCUUACAACAGGAACGACCUCCUGAUAACCUUCGGCGUCCAGCGCAAUGCACAAGCCGUAUCCGUUACCGCGAAAUUCCGUAAUAACAGCAAUUUUCAUAGCUUCAGUGCGCUGAAUCUGCAAGCAGCCGUGCCCAAGACGCAAAAGCUUCAAUUGCAAGCAAUCAGUUCAUCUGAUCUGGAGGGCGGCCAAGAGGCAACACAGCAAAUGCGCAUCACCAGUGUGCAAGGAGCCCCUCCAGCGAAAUUGCGAUUACGCCUCAAGGUCACGUACGCGAAAGGUGGUGGUGCGCCUACAACGGAACAAGUGGACUGGUCGGAACCGACAUAAUGUGAGAGCGACGAGCUCUACCAAUACGUGUGGCUUUCAAGGGCCUUCGUCGCAGUCCUACUUGAGUGUAGAAUCCGAAGCUCCAGGAUGAUCUGAGCCCUCACAGAGUAGACGCUCCAUCAGAAUCAGUACCCCGACAAUG